AUGAAUGAAAAUGAGAAGAUUAGUGGUUUACCUGUAUUUCCAGAUGAAUAUGAAGAUUUUGCAUUUUGCAUUAAUUCAUGUGAGCUGUUUGACAUCAAUUAUAAGGGAAAGGUGGUUAAUCAGGCAUGGAGCACAGAUUUUGAAGGUGAUGAGUUUAUCAGCUUUAAGUUAAAGUUGAAGAAGGUGAAAACUACAUUAUCUGCGUGGACACAAGCAGAAUUGAAGAAUUAUGCUCAUUAUGAGGAGGAAUUUUGGAUACAAAAGUCACAUAUGAAACGUUUUACUGAAGGAGACAGGAAUACAAGAUUUUAUCAGCAGCAAUUCUCUCAAGAGGUUGAUCCUUUAGACGUUGAUUUGCUACAACAUGUUCCUAGUAUGGUUGAUCAGGAUACUAGCAAUCAACUGGUAAGCAUGCUAACUUUGGAGGAAGUGAAGAAGGCUGUGUUUGAAUUAUCUGCAGAUAGUGCUGGUGGUCCAGAUGGUAUGAUUGGAAUAUUUUAUCAGGUGUGUUGCAACAUUGUAGGUGUUGAUGUAUACAAUGUUGUGAAAGCUUUCUUUGAUGGGAAAACUCUUCCUAAGUCAAUCACAAAUACCAACUUGGUACUAUUACCAAAGAAGAAUAACAUUGAGACUUUUGCUGAUAUGAGACCAAUCAGUCUCAGUAACUUCAUCAACAAGGUUAUUUUUAGAGUGGUUCAGGAUAAGCUGGAAGGCCUUUUACCUUCUCUGAUAUCUCCUAACCAGUCUGGUUUUGUUAAGGGCAGAUGUAUCAUUGAAAAUGUCCUUCUAACUCAAGAAGUUGUGACUGACAUUAGACUAAGGGGAAAACCAGCUAAUGUAGUGCUUAAGCUUGACAUGGCCAAAGCAUAUGAUAGAGUAUCAUGGAGUUACUUGAUCAAAGUUUUAAGGAAGAUGGGAUUUGCAGAAGUGUUCAUAGAUAUGGUUUGGAGAUUGAUAGCAAAUAACUGGUAUUCCAUACUCCUUAAUGGCCAAGCUUCUGGUUUUUUCCACUCUACCAGGGGUGUAAAACAAGGAGAUCCACUCUCUCCUCCUUUGUUCAUCUUAUCUGCUGAAGUUUUAUCUGGAGCAUUGAAUUCUUUAUUUGAGAACAAGGAUUUUAAAAGCUAUGGAAUGUCCAAAUGGAGUGCAAGUCUGAAUCAUCUGGCAUAUGCAGAUGACACAAUAAUUUUUUCAUCUGCUGAUUCUAGAUCUUUGGAGCUGAUUAUGGAGGUAUUACAUGACUAUGAACAUCUGUUGUCAGCCAUCAAACCUCCAAAAUGUGUUGUCGAUGAUCUGCACAAAAUAUUUUCAAGAUUCUUCUGGAAUAAUAGUGAGGAAGGCAGAAGAAGACACUGGUCAUCAUGGUUGAACUUAUGUAUGCCAAAAGAGGAAGGAGGAGUAGGCUUUAGAUCUUUGUUUGAUGUAUCUAAAUCCUUAUGUGCAAAACUUUGGUGGAAAUUCAGGACAAGAAAUACUUUAUGGGCAAACUACAUGUGGAUCAAAUACUGCAAAAGGCACAGUCCUCAGAAUGUGCAGUGGAAGGGAGGUUCUCAAGUAUGGAAGGCAAUGAUAGAGGCUAGAGAUAAUAUAGAACAAGAAAUAUGGUGGGAACCAAGGAAUGGAACUGCAAAUAUAUGGUUUGACAACUUGACAAAGCUAGGGGCUCUAUAUCGCAUUAUUCCUGAUGAAUUUGUGAUAGAUGAGGGUGUUCAAGAUGUAAAAGAACUUAUGCUGCAGGAUGGUUGGAACAUAGGAAGACUGCAGCAAUUAUUCCCCAUGGAUAUUGUGGAUCAUAUAUUAGAAGAAUUGCACUUUCAUGAACCAAAAGAAGAGUGGGAUAGGCCAAGAUGGAUGAUGACAACAGUAAAUUCACAAAAGAGGGCACCGUACGGGGAACUUCGAGGAGAAAAGCAAUCAAGUCAGAUGUCUUUAAGAGCAUGUGGAUAUCAGGUGUACCUUUUAAGAUAUCCUUCUUCUUCUGGAGGAAAUGUUGCUACAAAAGUUUGGACUUAUGUUAAAACUGUUGUUGGCAUCACAACACAGUUUCAACAAGUCAAGCAGGUUCUUCAAGUCUGGUGGAAAGCAAAUUGUCCCCCAAAGUUCAGAGCCAUAUUUAAAGCUAUUCCAACGGUUACCAUGUGGCAGAUAUGGAAGUGGAGAAAUAUAGUCCUACAUGGAGGGAAGAUGUCCAUCUACAAAGUGAUUUAUGAAAUCAACAUGAUCAUAUAUCAAAUAUGUAGACUGAGAUUUCCAUGGCUGAAUAACUUACCAAGAUGGUGGUUGAAGUGUAAUUCUGAUGGAGCUUCUAGGGGAAAUCCUGGGCCAAGCUCUGUGGCCUUUUAUAUUAAAAAUGCAGCAGGUGAUUUCCAGUUUGCAGCUGCAAGAAGAAUAUCAGAUGGCUCAAAUUUGGUGGCUGAAGCAAUGGCACUACAUGAGGGUCUUAAGUAUUAUGUUACACACAGCCUGGUACCAGUGGUGAUGGAAACAGACUCUAUGACUAUGAAGAUGAUCUUAACUGGACAGUGGGAGGCUCCAUGGAGUAUAUCAAUGAUCAUAAAUGAUAUUUCAAGACUGAGGAGGGAUAAGGAAGUGAGGGUGGAGCAUGUUCUGAGAGAAGGAAAUGGCCUGGCUGAUUUUUUAACUAACUAUGCUUUUGAUUUUGCAGGUGAUCACCAUUUUCAUAGUUUCACUUCACUCCUUGUGAAAGAAAGGAAAAAUUUAAACAUGGAGAAGUCACAUAUACCAUACAUGAGGAUCAGGAAAGCUAAAGAUCAUUACAUUCCUGGAGAUUAA